GUGACAUCAUUGGAAACCUGUCCAUAGAUGGUGAUUUUUUUUUCCUAAUCACGUAAUAUUAAUGAAAAAUGUGUUUCAGAAAAGAAAUUAGUGUGCAAAAAAUUUUUUUUUUUUUUUUUCCAAAAACAACCACAACCAUAUUGGUCCCUCCACCAAGGAAAUCCCUGACCUGCUUGUUGUAGUUAUGAUGGUUGCCAUAGUAACUGCUUAGCAACUUACUGAAGAAUGUUACGUAACUUUAUCCAAUUUAAACAAAUUAAAUACUCACAAUUUGGUAAUUGACACACGCAUGCAUACCAACAAGGGAAUAAUCACUGUCAGGAAAACUAUUGGGUUUAAAAAAAAUUAAAAACAAUUAAAAAAAACAAGAAAAUCACUGUAAAAUAGUAGUGAUGCAUUUUAAGUAGCAAAAAAAAAAGUUUCAAUAGGCAAUGUUUCCCUAUUUUCGGUGAUUUUAUUCGACCCCAUGACAGUUAAUGUAAUCCGAGAAUGGGACUGUUUUUAGGGAUUGGGGUUGGGAGGGGGGCAGCGUGAAAGAACAAGAUGGCUGUCCCGGGACGAGAAAACUUCUCUCGCUCUCGUCGUUUUCACGCGAACACAGCAAUUUUCCGUCGUUGAUAGCGUUUAUAGAAGAAGGCAUCCAACGAACAACAAUUUAAAGAUCAUAAGGCAUCUUUUUUUGGGGUCUGCGUUUGCUUUUUUUUUUUUAGGGCGACGUGAGCCGUCUUGGAGGUGAAACUCGUUGGAAGGAUUUUUGGCUAACGACGUCGAGUUUGUCUAAUAAAAUAACAAGCCGUCUACCAUGAGCUCAUCGUGGGUACAACCUCAGCACGCCGCCCGUUCGCCGCACACCUCCGAGGCGAGAGAAGGCAUCGAGAUGGAGAACAUCCAGCAGCAUCGUCAGGACUCAGCGGCCGGGGGAAUCGCUGCGGGUGCCCCGUCCUCGCCGUCCCGACAAGCCUGGAGCCGCGACAACCCGGGAUUCGAGCCCGGGGACGAGAUCAUGGCAGCGGACUGGCCUGCGGCCAGCCCCGGGAGGAGGUCGGCGUCCACGGGCUCCGGCAACAGCAGCUGCAGCAGCGGCCUGGGCAGCUACGACGUCAGCGGAGGCGGUGGAGGAAGCCCCCGGAUCGACGGCCGAGGAGCCUACCCGAGCCCGAGUGGGGAUGAGGGGCAGCGGGGGAGGCUGGAGCACAGCAGCUGCAUGAAGCAGAUCCUCCAGAAAAUUCGAAUUCUGUGGGGCACGGAGCUGAUGGAGGACAACAACAGUAGUCGAGAGCGGUACCUACGGAACGUCUUGAGAGAGAUGCUCAUCUACGUCGCAUUCCUCAUCACCGUUUGUGUCCUGACGUACGGGAUGGUGAGCACCAACAUGUAUUACUACACCAAAGUCAUGUCGCAGCUUUUCCUGGACACGCCCCUUUCCGCGGGAGACGUAGCCACGUUUCGGAGCCUCACAACCAUGGAAGACUUCUGGAAGUUCACAGAGGGCCCUUUUCUCAACGGUAUGUACUGGGAGGUGUGGUACAACAACAAGAGCCUGCCCGAGAACCAAAGAGAACCAACCAUCUUCUACGAGAACCUCCUGCUCGGGGUGCCGCGCCUCCGGCAGGUUAAGGUCCGCAACGAGUCAUGCAGCGUGCACGAGGACCUGCGCGACCAAGUCCGCGACUGCUACGACGUCUACACGCGCGCCAACGAGGACACGGCCCCCUUCGGGCCCGGGAACGGGACGGCGUGGACGUACGUGGCGGAGGGCGGCUCCAACGCCAGCGGCCACUGGGGUCGCGUGUCCAAAUACGGCGGCGGGGGUUACUACCAAGACCUGUCCCGGACGAGGGAGGAGUCGGCAGUCCAGUUGCGCUUCCUCAAGGACCACCUGUGGCUGGACAGAGGCACCAGGGCCGUUUUCCUCGACUUCGCCGUCUACAACGGUAACAUCAACCUCUUCUGCAUUGUCAGGUUGUUGGUGGAGUUCCCAGCGACGGGUGGGGUAGUGACAUCCUGGCAGUUCCAAACGGUGCGCCUGAUCCGAUACGUGUCCGGCUGGGACUACUUUGUGGGCCUGUGCGAGGUCAUGUUCUGCGUCUUCAUCCUCUACUACGUGGUGGAGGAGGCGCUAGAAAUCCGCAUCCACCGCCUGCAUUACUUCCGGAAUCUGUGGAACUGUCUGGAUGUCCUCAUCGUCACUCUGAGCGUGGUGGCCAUCAUCAUGAACAUAACAAGAACAGCGAUGGUGAGCCACCUGCUCAAGACCCUGCUGGAGAACUACACCACUCACCCCACAUUCGAGCCGCUAGCCGACCUGCAGCUGCAGUUCAACAACGUCGUGGCAAUCAUUGUCUUCUUCUCCUGGGUUAAGCUCUUCAAGUUUAUCAACUUCAACAAGACCAUGAGCCAGCUGACCGGCACCAUGUCUCGGUGCGCCAAGGACCUGCUCGGUUUCGCCAUCAUGUUCUUCAUCAUCUUCCUGGCGUACGCCCAGCUGGCAUAUCUGCUCUUCGGAACCCAAGAAAACGACUUCAGAACCUUCCAGGCCAGCGUUUUUACUCAAUUCCGCAUCAUCUUGGGAGACUUUGAGUUCUCCGAGAUCGAAGAGGCCAACCCGGUGCUGGGGCCCGUCUACUUCACCACCUUCGUCUUCUUCAUCUUCUUCAUCCUGAUGAACAUGUUCCUGGCCAUCAUCAACGACGCGUACUCUGAGGUGAAGGCGGACUUUUCGCAGCAGAGGUCUGACAUGGAGAUGAGUGAUCUCAUCAAGAAGGGUUGUAACAAAGCCUUGAUGAAGCUCAGGCUGAAGAAGACGGCGGUGGACGACAUCUCGGACGGCCUGCGUCGGGCCGGAGGCAAACUCAACUUGGAGGAGCUGCGGCAGCAUUUAAAGGGGAAGGGCCACACGGACGCAGAGAUUCAGGCCAUCUUUGCCAAGUACGAGCGUGACGGCGAGCAGGAGCUGACGGAACAGGACCACCAGCAGAUGAGGGACGACCUGGAGAAAGAGCGAGAGGACUUGGAUCUGGAGCGCAACUCCCUGAGCAGAGCGUGCAGCGGGCGCAGCCUCCCUCGCGGCCAGGACGACUCGGAGGAGGACGAUGACGAGGACAGCGGGCACAGCUCGCGGCGCCGCGGCAGCAGCUCGGGCGGCGUCUCCUACGAGGAGUUCCAAGUGUUGGUGAGACGCGUGGACAGGAUGGAGCACUCCAUCGGCAGCAUCGUGUCCAAGAUCGACGCCGUCAUCGUCAAGCUGGAGGCCAUGGAGAGAGUCACGCUCAAGAGGAGGGACGUGUUGGGGAGGCUCUUGGAGGGCGCCGUGGAGGAAGAGCGCGGCGGCCGGGACUCGGACCCCCACGGCGAACAGGAGCGCCUGGUGAGGGAGGAACUGGAGCGCUGGGAGUCGGACGACGUGUCCUCGCAGGCGGGCGGAGCAACGCCGCGGCCCCGCCCCCACCCCGCUUCCUCGCCGUCCGUGGACGCCGACGGGAGCGCUCACGUGUAAAGAAAAUAAAGCAAGGUAAAAAAAAAAAAGACAUUUUAAGGGACACAAGGGCUGUGAAUAAUUAAUAAGAGCAAUCACAAUGACGGCAGUCGUCAUGUCCGACGCAGGCUGCGGUUCUCGUCAUUGUCUAGCGCAGUAUCCGUUACAAAAACAGCAAUACUUGAUUAUUCCCGUCAGCCAAAUGGAGGAUUGAUGAAGGAGUAGUAUUAGGGACCACCACGCCGAAUAGUACAUUUGACCAAGUAAUGCCACAUUUUUACAAACAAUAAAGUGAGCCACUGAAAACUACAAGAGUGGGAUUACUCCAUUUUGUUAUUUUACGGUUGAAAAAAAAAAACAAAAACUAGCACUAGCGGGGUAACUCCAGCUUGUUACUUAACAGCUGAAAAAAAACUUGAGGGAUUUAUAUCUUGUUUGUUUGAAAGUGUAACCAUGAAUUACAUACCGUAAUUCCCGUCUUACAGAGCGCCCCUAGUUAUGAGCCUCACCCAAUGCAUUUGUAAAGGAAAUACCGUUUGGUACAUACGUAGGCCGCAGGCGUGUAAAAGUGACCACAUCGAAACCAACAUUGAAACACGAGAUAUUUACAAAGAAAGACGGUACACAGAGAGUUUAACGCUAGCGCCACCGCGCUAACAGGGCCAGUUAAAAAAAAAACCCACUGAGACAUGGCAGUAACACGCUAGCGCAGUCAGUCACUUCCUCGGCAUAUAUAUUCGAUCUCAAUCUUACCUUUUUAGCUCGAGCGGCCCCUUGUGGCCGUUAGAAAUAAAAUCCACAAAUUAGCCGCAUCAUCGCAUAAACUGCAGGGUUGAAAGAGUGUGAAAAAAAGUCACAGGCCGGAAAUUACGGUACUUGCAAGUUCUUUCAGGUAUAACCUGAGAUCAAAAUGAUUUUAUUUUUGUGGGGGGGGGGGGGGGGGGCUUUGACUUGCUAGCAGAUACUUGAGGUAAACCGGCGCAGUAUGGUAUAUGGUAUGUAUGCUAUAUGGUAUACAGACGCUCGCUGCAAUUGACGGCUAUAUCGUUCGAAAAAUCCCCAUUAACCAGGAAGGAAGGGAGUGAAUGCUCUAAAGUCGUUGUCCCCUCCCCCUUUUUUUAAAUUUUUUUUUUUUAAUUUUGUUCUUCCUUGUCAUAAGUUCUUGUUUUAUUUUUCUGGAAGAUGUAGCCCGCUUUCAUGGGCAGCCAUUUUAGAAAAGGAAAUUGGCACGGGAAAAGCGCUGCCGAGUGCGGUAAUGCGUGCCCCAUAUAUCUCAAAAUUGGAACGAAAUAUUGAUUGAAACCAGUAUGUGUCUGCUAUAUAAAGCUUUUCUUUAUUAAUUUCUCCACUUUUAUAUGACAAAAAUGGAGAUAGCCCAAGCUGGUUCUCAGUGGCUCUAUUGUGAGAGAAUGAGUAUAAAUGAAAACUAAACAGUAUUUACCAUAGGUGAGAAAAGGAUUACGAUAUGAGAAUAUGUUUUGUACUAUUACAACGGGGGGAAAAAGUUUACAUUUUAUGAGAAAGUCGUGUUUUGAGGGAAAAAAAUAUUAUUUAGGGGUGGGCAAAAAAUAAUAUUUUUAAGUGAAAAAGUUUUUUUUUUUUUUCAAUGAAGUUGUGAUAUCACAGGGAAAAAUAUUUUUAAAACUGGUAUUAUUUCUUGGUAUGAAAGUUGUCCGUUUACGAGAAGAAAAUUUAAAUGUAGGAGAAUAAAGCCAUAAUAAUGCAAGAAAAAAAGUUGGAAUUCUCAGAGAAUCAUUUUGUGAUACUGUGACGGGGAAAACAAAAACAUUAUUUUCAAGUCUAAAGAUGUCAUAUUAGUAGCAAAAAAGCUAGAACUUUCCAGAUGCUAUAUUACAAAAGAAAAAAAGCUGUACUUUCUCCAAGAAAACAAUUGGAUCUUCUUCUUUUUCUUUCGGCUUGUCCUAUUUUUGGAAUUUAUCUAAAAAUAUUGUGACAAACUUUGACUAUUUUUUGUUAGAACUUUGUUGCUAUUGUUGUGACUUUUGUUGGUUAAAACCCAUUUAAAAAAAAUCAUAAAUAUUGUUUUUGUAAUAUUGGUACAUUAUUGUUUCUCUAAUAUCAAAAAUAUUUCGUUGCAAAUUACAAAUUUGAUCUUGUGCUGUACAGCACGUCAAAGAUGGAUGUGGAUCUUGUAUUGUUUCAGCUUCCAUUUUCUUCCUUGUCAAAAUCGUUUUCUCGUAAAAUUAGCUUUUCCCUCACAAUAUUACAGCUUUAUUUAUUCAUCUUUUCCUGUCAAAUUCUGAGCAUUUUCUGUAAAUAUUACAGCUUUUUGGGAUUUUUUUUUUACCCCUCAUAAUAUUCUAUUAAAAAAUAUUUCUGAUAAAAAUGAUUGUAACAUUUUUCUUGUGAAAUUGCAACUUUUUUUCAUAAAACCCAGACUUUUCUUGUAAUAUUACAAUUUUAUUUCCUGUAAAAUUCCAACUUUUUGUUCCCUCAUAAAAUGAUGACUUUUUCAUGUAAUAAUCCAGUUUAAUAAUAUCCUUGAUCUUGGCUGCUUGUGUUGUGCUCCUCGUAUCCAUUUUAGGUUGCCAGCAUGUGCAAAAGGUUCGCUCUCGUUGUUUUUCACACGUUUAAACGCAAUACAGUACCAAAGGAAGCACCUUAUUUUUCCCAGUCAUCAUUUUGUUGAUUUUAAUCCACAGUAGUUGCGUUACGCGGGAAUUUUC